AUGCCGAGCAACUUUGAGCAAUCCCAGCGCCGAAUCUCAGUCGGCACCCUGACCGAGAAACUGAAUGCCCAUACUUUGGACCACAGUGGCACAAGAGCGCAUUCUGCCUAUGAACCGCCACAUUCGCCGCUAUCUCCUACCUCUUUUUCCUUCUCAGUGACGAAGGACCCUAGCUCCUCUCGGGCAAGCAUGCAUACACUUCUAACGCCGCCAGGUGAAUAUGAAGACGAGGGAUACGAUGAACAGUUGAACCCCGCCUGGGAGUCAUAUCACCACGCGCCAUCCCCAACCUCCAUGCCCGUUGAACAUGACAACCUUUAUCUUCAUCCUCCCGCAGAGGUGUCACAUCGUUUUGCACGUCAGCCAUCCCUACGUUCACAGCGUCAGCAAAUGUCUCGAGCACAGUGCAACAUUGAUGUUCUGAAACUCGCCCUGUUGGCAGAGAACUUUACUCGUCGGACCUCCGAGUCACCAGUCCUCAGCGAUGAUGAAUGCCAUCCUAGCUCUCUGCCAUUAGAGGCCUCACCCCACACCCUUCGACGAUCUUCCAUGAAACCCCGGGUAACUAGUGGCUCGUCUGCAACAGGCACCUUACGAUGCCGCUCGCGGGCUCCGGCAGACGCUAGUAUGAUGCGCAGACGCAGCACUUCUUCGGCAGGAACUUUUGCCUCUUCUACACGCAUUGCCAAGCCUCGGCCGCGUGAUUUGCACACAAAAAGGAGCGAGCAGUCACUGAGACGAAAAAGUCUGGUUUGUGCAACACUAGCUUCGACAUCAACAACAAGGUCUUCGUGA